CGAUGAAUACAGCACACGCCCAUUGACAAACGCGCCUGUUUUCUAAGCCCCCUACCCCGUUUUGUAUUGCGGUUCUCAGCACUCACGACCUGUUCAGUGAUACUAGUGACGUUCGCGCGGUCACUGCCUCGUCGCACAGUCGGCGUGAUAAUGGAACACAUUCUUAUCAUAUUUCAAUGUUCUUCAUUUCCGCCACGAGACCGCGAGAUUUUGGAGUAAUGAAAGCCAUAAUAAAUUCUCGAGUGGUAAAGAAAAAAAAGAAUAACAUCAAUAACUAUAGCAAAUUGCUUGUUUUGAUGGGAUUUUAUAAACUAGUUCAACUUUAUCAGUUGAAAGUGACGUCUAAUAUUUCAACGGUUGAAAAUCGUUGAAAUAUGGGAUAAUAGUGGUUAACAUACUUUGUCAAGUGUCAUUCAAUUCCCUUAUCAGUGAGAUGUGAUGUAAAUAUUCUAAGUUAGUGUCGCGACAACCGCCGAUAAUACCGAUAACAGGACAAUUCAAUAAACAAAUGGACUUUGAGGUUUUAACGAAAAUAUGAAAAUUGAAAAUUGAACGGAGAAUAUUCCCCUGACCUUGAGAGUUUUUUUUUUCUUUUUCACUGGACUCGCUUUGCAAUCCCGUUCCUUGUGAUUACUACCCUACCUUUUGCAGCAACUCUAGCGGAGUGACGCUAUCCUAAUUUUUCAGCGGGGGUUCCGUCAAAUCUCAAAAACUUCUCCCAAAGCGAAACUCACGUGAUAGACUUAAACAUUUUCAGUGAUAAAUAAAAUGACAAAUUUAAACAAAAUCAUAACUCGUGUAGCAGUAUGUGGCUCAAAUAAAUUUGAAAAAUCGUGACAGCCGGUUAAAGACGAGUCGGACAUGUCAAAGGUAGUCACGACUGAGCCUGGAUGUUCUCUAAAGUGGAAUGACGAUAGCCCAAACUCCAAACCGUCAUCAUUGAGACAUCUCAUUCAUGCUGCUGCCAUUUAUCUAGCGGUUAUUGGUGCACUCUGGUGCGUCCCUGCCUGUUUCUAUAAUCGGAUAUCUGAAACUGGUCAAUCAGUAGUACUAACCCUCGUAGACACAGCCUCCGCGGAGCUCCAGAACCUGGCAGAGCCCCACUUAUCCUCGGAGACUUCAUCAAGGCCAUCAGUGAAGAACCUAACAACCCCCCCAUCUCCAUCCCUAGAUCCCGAGAGGACGAUAGCUCUUUCAUCGCCGGGAGUAGCGCUACCUCCAUCAACAGCGACGCUUCUGGUACCAGGGGAGGAGCUGAACCUGACAGAUUCAAAGACAGAAUCUUCGACUGAUGAACCUAACCCGGUCCUGGUGGUCCGAGCAGACCAGCGAUCGCUGGAGGAUGCCAUUCAAAUUCCGGGAGACUCUCCACUCGAUUAUGAAGUGCCGAAAGACCCUGAGCAUUCAGCGAGCGGUGAAGAUACCUUUCUUGCCUCUGGAGACCUGGAGGAUGCAGCUCGAGGGACGCUCAUCCCCAGUGCUCUCGAGGAGGCAGCCACGGGCGUUCUGGAUGGUCUGAUAGGAGGAUCGGGUGUAUCAGAAACCCACGAGGACAUUCCAUCCUUCAGUGAAUGGACGCAGAAGCGUCUGGAGGAAGCCGAAAAGAAAAAGACCCAUCCCAACGCCUCCAUUCAGACUCCCGGUAGUCCUGGUAAGAAUAUCGGCAACAUGAAGGUAAGAUCGAAAAAUUACGCAUCACCAGACUGCGGUGCGAAAGUCGUUGCUGCGAAUCCAGAAGCCAGAAGUGCGAGGAGCAUAUUAGUCUCUACCAGGGACGAAUACAUGCUCAACACUUGCACAUCGAGAGUCUGGUUUGUUGUUGAACUAUGCGAGGCCAUUCAAGCGAAGAAAAUUGAACUUGCCAACUUCGAGCUGUUCAGUUCCUCCCCCAGAGAUCUGUCAGUGUUCGUAAGUGAUCGUUUUCCAACUAGAGACUGGAGCCCUGUCGGGCAAUUCACCGCUAAAGAUGAAAGAGACAUUCAGUCAUUCGCUCUUCAUCCUCAUCUCUUCGGAAAAUUCAUCAAAAUUGAGUUGCAUUCGCACUACGGAAGCGAACACUUCUGUCCGAUUUCCCUGUUUCGUGCGUAUGGUACCAGUGAAUUUGAGGUCCUUGAAACUGAGACCGAGAUUCAGGAGUCAGCGGAUAGUGACGAUGACGACGACGAUGAGGAGGUAUUGGAUAACGAUGGGGGGGACUCUUCGAGGAAUCUGUUUGGCUCGGCAACAGAUGCUGUCAUUAGAAUCGUUAAGAAAGCGGCUGAGGUGCUGGCAAAAACUGGCGAUCCUGCUCAAAGCAAUACCACUGACCAGGAAACUAACGGGGAAAAUGUCACGUCUUUCACCAAUUGCAUCACACCGAGAUACACGAUACUCUGUGACAAUUGCUCAGACGACAAGAUGGCACGUGUGUAUGAGCUGCUGAGCUGUCAACUCCAUCAACUGGAUUCAAUACUGAAAAUUCCGAGGGUCUAUGAAACCCUGCACAAUGAGCUGUGCAGUUCUCAUGGGGUAGAAAUUGGAGAGCAAUUCCGGGAGAUGGUAAAUCGUAAAGGAUCUUCCAAAAAGAUUAGUUAUGCGAUAGCUUCAAUAUUUUCUUCAGACUACGUCACAGCUCUAUGCAAUGUCCUGGCAAUGGAGGACCGCAACUCACUGGCGAUUUUGAACACCGAGGACUCUGGCAAGGGUGUUAAUGCGACUAGGAAUGAGAUGAACUCUCACAGAGUGACGAAAGACAGUCUGCCAACUGAGACAUCUGCUUGUCUGCAAGAUCCAGAAGGUCUGAGCUGUCGACUAACGCCCACAGCUGCCAAGCGUCAACCUGUGGACUCGGCGAUAGAGGAGGAGUUGAAGAAAGACUCGAGACCUCCAGGGACUGUUGAGAUUGUAGCAACCUCGGAGAUCCUAGCUUCUCAAAUAAAGCCGACGAAGACUUUGGGGAGAGAGGAUCAAAAGCGCGAGUCAUCAGUCCCUAUUCUAGAGCCCAGUAAAGACGCAACUGAGGAGACAGUGCAAGCGGAAGUGGUGACGACUCCCUCGCCACUGAUAAGCCCUACAUCAUCACUAAAGGUUCUCGAGGAGUCGCCAGUUGUGACGCCGCUGGACGUCACAUCUCAGGCCACUAAUCCUUCCAGUCAUCAGAGUACAGUCGAGGCUAUCCCAGCGAAGAUUGACGAAGUCAAAUUAGAAUAUAAUCAGCUCAGGUCAGAAGAAAAGGACGAGAAGCUCAGGGAAUCGGAGGAGCUGAAGCUGUCCCCCCAGGAUCAGUUGAACUUGGAUACUCUGCUUUCCGAUCUGAAGGAUCUGGAGAGCGACUCCCCAUUACCGGGUUCAGCCAGCAAUUCAGCGACUAUGACGCACCCCACGGCGAGCUCAACACCACAGCAAAAGGAAUCGGUUUUCCUGAGAUUAUCUAAUAGGAUCAAAGCUCUGGAACGAAACAUGUCACUAAGUGGGCAGUACCUCGAGGAGCUCAGUCGAAGAUACAAGAAACAGGUGGAGGAGAUGCAGAGGUCUUUGGAGCGGGCGACAGCAGCGAUGAGUGAAGAGUCACGAAAGGGGGAGGAAAGGGAGUCCAAGAGAUUGGAGGAGAUCACAGCCCUCAGAGAGGAAGUGACAAUUCUUUCUGAAUCUCUCGAGACACUGCUGUACGAUCACAGCAGCUGGCGAAGUAAAAUCUCAACAUUUGGCCAGCACAUCAUCUUCAUCAUCGUCGAGCUCGUCGUUCUCGUCAUCAUUAUCUCAUACUGUCGACGACCAGUGGAUCUAGACGACGAGUUUGCCAGUAAAGUCUCAGUGAAGGAGGCGACACGACGAAAAUCCGCUGAAUCAAUAAACCUAACUUCACAAAAAACGACUGAGAAACGAAGGCCAAGUGAGAUCGCAUCGAGAAUUACGGGGACUUAUCGAGAACUGAUGAUUGACGAUCGACUCGAGUCGAGGAAGGAGAAGAAGAAAAAGAGGAAAAGGGACUCGAUGAGGCUGACCACGAGUUUCGAGUCCAGGCGGGAGACUCCCAAAGGAAUGGUACCGCCAAGGAGGUCGGUUUCGAUCGAUUGCGACAGUUGUAAUAAGAUUGAGGAGCUCCAGGGGAGGUUUCGACCAGAAUCGGCUCCAGAUUUCUACGGUUGGAGUGUCGGUCGGGGGAAAGACGACGACGAGGGAAGGAUCAACGGGGUUCCUCAGCGUCGGAUCAGAACAGACGAGAUCGACGGCGUGAGCUCAGCCAACUACAUCGAUGGUUUCAUCGAUCGAGUGUCCAAUGAAUCAAAGGAUUGCGAUCGGGAGCUGCCAACAAGUCCCUCCUCCAUGAGCAUUCGUGUCCUGAAAAAUCGACUUCAUUCGCCGUCUUUCAUCAAGACAGCCUUCAAAUCCCGUAGCUUGAGGACUGAUAAACAUAGUGAUGACUCUAAUUCAGCGUUCCUGAAGGCAGACAACUGGGAGUGGCACUCCAGGCACUCGUGUAGCUCUCGAUCUGAUCAGGACAGUCCUCUUGGCAGCGACAAUCGGUUUGUGGAUCCUCUGAGGAGUGACAGCAGGAAUGGCAGCUCUACCAAUGGUCAUCAUCCUGUCAGCGACGACUCUGGUAGCGGGAGGAACACACCGACACCCGGUAAGAAGAAGAAGGAGGGUGGAUUCAAAAAAAUUGUCAAGAAGUUCUUCUGAUUAUUGUGAGUGAUAUUUGAGGAGGGCAAUCUCAGACGCGAAUUUUCUACUUUUGCGAGCGAUAUUUUUUUUUAAGAGACUUUUCGUUUUUGAAUGGAUAAGGAUUAGGGAGCUUUUUUAAUGUAGGUAGGAAUCAAUUUUUCAACUAUUGGAGGGGUUACCAAAGAGGAAAAUCGUGAAAGUAUGGAUGAUUGAUGAUUAAGAAUUUUUGGGGACUUAAGGGAGGAUGUGGGGGUUGAAAAUUGAGAGCGAUUACUGAGGAUUAUGGGAUUGAAGGCGAGUCGCUAUUUAAUUCUGGUCCAAGAAUGGCGACUGGGCUUUUGAGAAUAAUCUCUAUCUUAUGAAAUACAUGUGACAGAAGGAAUUACCCAAUUGUCUUCCCAAUGCACUGACGCACAAAAAACCACCCUGGAAGGCGAUAAAAAAUAGAACUAUCCCUAUACCUGUAUGUACACAUCAGCCGUUAAAAAAACCAUCAAAUAACCUUAUGAAAUAGCAAGUGUGAGUGUACUACGAGGAUUAAUAAUUAUACCGAGGGAAACAGAAAACAGAUAUCGGGACUCGAGACGACAGGGCGUCUGAAAUAUUUAAUGUGCAUUUAUCGAAUAUUCAUUAAUAAAAAUGAAUUUAUAAUAUUUCAUUUCGUGUAUGAGGUACAUCGGAGGUCGUCAAUAAUGAACUGAAAGUCAAAAAUCUUUCUCUCGAUCUUGAAACGUAAUAUUCAACGUUAGAUUCUUUAGAUCAUUCUUGAUAAAUCCGUUAACGAAGCGAUAACACCAUGUACUUAGGUUUGGCUGAGUUUUUCAGCAAUAUCUUCGGAUCAAAGGAAGAUAGAGAAAUUUUCGUUUCAAUUUUUUUCACAGUUCUCGACUCAUUCGACGAAUUGCUUUACCAAAAAUUUUGCUAUCUGUCCUAGAUUCCGAGAUAUCAUUCCUGUUUUAGCGGGUCGAAAAAUUCUAUUCUUUUUCUUAAAACUGACAAUUACUUAAAAUUGACAUCGGCCAUUUUACCACUUCGCUAGUGAAUUUUUUUAAAGAUGGUCUUCAUUGUCAUCGUAGAGACUAUCACCGAUUUGAUUAAGUUGCCGUGAAAAAAAAAUUGUUUCAAUGAUGCAAAUUGAGAGAUGUGUUAUGUAUCCUAGUCUAUAUUUAAUAGGUCAUAUCGUGAGGCAUAUGAUUAAUAGGGCCCUCACCCACCGAGUGUAAGAAUUAAUUUUUGUAAAUAUACAAAUAAAAAAUUCGCAAGGGGCUCUGAUGACGAAAAUUUGUCACUUUUGAUUUAUCAAGUUGUAGACACUUGUACGAAAUAUAAACAACUAGGAUUACAUUAUUUAUUACUUGCUAAGGCUGUUACUUAGUUUAACGAGCUUUUCUAAUGAAUGAUUUUUUUUUAUGAUUUCCGUCAUUUGUUUAUUUAUCGACGCUAGGGCGUAGUCGUCGAUUUUUUAUGUAGAAAGAAAAAAUAGUUUGAAGGUGAUGAUUUUCAAGUAGUUGAAAAUGUUUACAGUGAUGAAAUUGUAUUAUCGAGAGUAUUUUUGCUUUUGCGAGUGGUUGAAUGAUUAUCAUGAUGCAAAACAAUUUGUAUAUAUUCGGCAAUCUUAAGGUUAUAGAUUGAAUGGAUGCUUAGUCGUGCAAGGAUCAUAUGGAGGUAAUGGAAUGAAGCAAUAAAGUUGCCAAAUGUAUAAGUGA